AAUUUACGCUUCACCACUACGCGCGACGAUACGCGGGUACGGGUGAUUUCCAGUCAAUAACAAUAAAGUGCGCGAUACGGUGUGUUUACACAUUUUCCAGUCUAAUUUUAACCGCCGUUCCGUGCGGACGAUGGAUACGCGAGGCUGCCAGCAAGCACCCGGAUCGGUUUAUUGAACCUGCAAUAGUUGCGCUGUGCUAAAGGGUCCACUCGAAACAACAAUCAAGUAUAGUAGUUUUGUGCGUACCUGUGUGUACUCACUCCAUCCUCUGGAUUGAUGUAUUGUGCUGUCCGUCGUGCGUAUCGCUUAGUAAUACCAACGCCUACUAGUAAUGCAAACGCAGCUGUCAAGAUGGCUUGUGAGUGUAGUGCGAAAUGACAGCUUUCAUGUUGGUGCGUGCCUGCGUGUGUAAUAAAGUGUAAACAAAUGAUAUAGGCGGCAAGGGAAAGUUUAUAAAACUGGUGAUAUCUACAACUAUUUCCAUUAAAAUAAAGAGAGCAAUAAUAGUGUGCGAGUGGCAUCAAAAAAGCAUCUCCUCUGGUGUUUUCCUCUACCGUUCAUCUUACAUCCGGCCAACAUCAAAGUUCGCGAAAAUUCGCCAAAAACAAUUGACAAAUGUCACCGAUAACGGCACACCGAAAGACCGUAAAGAUCGCCCAUCUCCAACGGAAGCCCUUUACAACGCUCCAGACAAUGUAGUUGUCGGAAGCGCACAGUCGUUGUACGCCGGUUUUGAAGGAAACAAUUCUGUUCGGUGUAGCAAUUAGCACCGAACGCAACGAAUCUUCAUCAUCGAUCUGCUGCCAACCAGGAAAGUCACACGGAACCCCGGAGAAGUUGUGCUUCAACAACCGUACGCCACCCUUAUCAGUCGGUGUGGGACAGACGAAGUUUUGCACGUUGGCAGCGGACCAUCGCGCAACGAGCCACCCGGAUCCGGAAGGGAAGAAUUCCCACGCUGAAAGAUGUAUGGCCUGCGAAUGGAAACGUUUCAUCGUGCGGUGCGGUCAUGAAUUGGAUGCCCACGUACGCCAAACUGCAUCCCGGUGCAGUGUUUUUUGUGCUUACGCUCUGCUGCCUGCAACGUUCGCUCGCCGUUGAUAGCCGACCGUCGACCGAUGCUGAAAUACCGAAAUUGCAACAAUGUUCUACCGGCACGGAUACCCGUCUGCGGUGUGGCAUCAAGGAGCAUCACGCUGAUCACAUGAAUUCUUCCGAUGUGCAGUGGUACUUUAAGCCAUGUGGUGGUGGCUUUCAGCACGUGACCUGCAGUAAUCGGGCCCUCCUGAACGCGCUCGACUGGCAGCCAGUUGAUUGCGAUAAUAAACCGUGCCGGGUAACGUUGACGAUACAGAACGUUUCGGAGGCGGAUGCCGGGCUUUACCGGUGCACGAUACAUCCCUACCGGACGGACAACCAGACCCAGCUAGACAUACAGCUCGUGCGUACCUUUGAGCUAGUGGUGACAAAAUGGCCACUGGACGAAUCGAUACCGGCACCGGAGCUGUUGGACAAUCUGCCCGCCAAUACGACCGCCAUCGUUGACACGCAAAUUGUGCUCCAGUGCCGAGUGCACAGCAAGGUGCAACCCACCAUCAAGUGGUUCCGGCGCAUCAACAAACCGCUCGGGGAGCACAACUUCAAUCAGAACAAAUCGAUCCGCUAUUUGGAAAAUUCGUACGAGCUGCUGCCGUCCGCCGGCGAGAAGCUCCUGUCGUACGACGUCUAUCUGAGCAAGCUGAUCCUGUACAAUGCGUCCGAGCGCGACAUCGGCAUCUACGUGUGCGUCGGCAUUAAUUAUGUCGGUGUCAGCAUGGCCGAUGCGUACGUCAAUCUGGUCCAUCCCAACGGGACGCCCGUCGAGGAAGCGGGCGGUGGAUAUGUGAGCCUUAUGGUACUAUUUCUGAUACCGAUUGCGUUGGCCCUAGUGCCGCUGCUCGGGUGGGUUGUGCUGAAUGUGCUGCGGGCAAAGCAACACGCGGACGAAAAGUCACUGGUUCAGCUUCAGCCGGCUACUAGCGUUUAUGGACCGGAGUUGCAACGGAAUCGGGGAAGAACAUUUGGUGGUACAGAACGAACAGACCAUCUGUACGAGAAGGUUGAUGUGGUGUGAAUGUAAAUAAUUGCUUUUAAUUAUUUAAUUGAUUUUAAGCAGCCAUGUAAGAUACUUACAUUUGCUUCGUUAUGGUAGGAAAAUAUGUUGGAUAUAUUGCGAGCAGAAAAAUAAAUAAAAAACUGUU